CCGAGGAGGAAAACAGGAAACGGAAGACGUUGCGUUGCUUUUUUUUUUUGUUGCUCUAACUGUAGUGUUUACACGUGAAUUAGUGAAUAUUCGUGUGAGGAUGGAGGAGACUGCGGUGUGUGUAAAGCCUGAUAACGCCGUGGAGGUGAGGAAACCACAGGAGGAACCGAGUAAGCCGAAGAAGAAGAUCUUGGAUGAAGAUGAAUACAUCGAGAGUUUGGAGCAGAUCAUUCAAAGGGACUUCUUCCCGGACAUCAGUAAGCUGCAAGCACAGAAAGAUUACCUGGAGGCAGAGGAGAGCGGGGACCUGCAGAGAAUGAGGGAGAUCGCCAUCAAAUACGGCUCAGCCAUGGCCAAAUAUACACCACGAACUUACGUCCCUUAUGUGACCCCGUCAUCAUUUGAGACACCUGAUGGCCACGCUACUUCUCCAUCCAGUAGAUCAGGACGAGACACCGAGCUCGGAGGGAAAGACGGCGGGAAAGAGGAGAAGGAGCUGCCAUCUCUGGACCGUUUCCUGUCGAAAAACACGAGUGAGGAUAACGCGUCGUUCGAGCAGAUAAUGGUUUUGGCCCAGGAUAAGGAGAAGCUGAAGAACUCCUGGCUGCACGAGGCAGAGAGCGAGUACAAACAGCGUCAGGAGGAAAAUCUGGCUUUGCCAUCAUCAGAGACUCAAGCUCUGGAGUGUGUGAAGGCCGGAGUAGAGACGUGGAAGUACACGGCCAAAAACGCCCUCAUGUAUUACCCUGAAGGUGUGGAAGACAACACGAUGUUUAAGAAGCCGAGAGAAGUCUUGUACAAAAACACACGCUUCGAUGUAGACCCGUUCUGCAAAGCCCUCAAUAAAUCACAGAUCCAGCAGGCUGCCGCUCUUAAUGCACAGUUUAAAUUAGGAAAAGUUGGACCAGAUGGAAAAGAGCUGCUGCCACACGAGUCUCCCAAAGUCAACGGUUACGGCUUCGAGGGAGCGCCAUCUCCGGCACCAGGAGUGUGCGAGUCUCCCUUGAUGACGUGGGGAGAGAUCGAGGACACUCCCUUCAGACUGGACGGUUCAGACACGCCCCUUAUCGAAAGGACCCAUGGCCCAGCAUUUAAGAUCCCAGAGCCAGGACGCAGAGAGAGGCUCGGGCUCAAAAUGGCCAACGAAUUGGCAGCCAAAAACAGAGCGAAGAAACAGGAAGCUCUUCGUAAAGUCACGGAAAAUCUCGCUAGUUUGACCCCAAAAGGUCUGAGUCCUGCCGCUUUGUCUCCCGCGCUGCAGCGCCUCGUCAACCGCUCAUCUGUUAAGUACACUGACAAAGCGCUGCGUGCCAGCUAUACCCCUUCACCUUCUCACAGAGCCUCAGGCUCCAAAACUCCCCUCACCCCGUCAGAGUCCUUACACACCCCCACACCAGGCAAAACCCGCACCCCUGCCUCCCAUGACCCCGCCUCCAUCACCGACAACCUGCUACAGCUGCCAAAGAGAAGAAAAGCAGCCGACUAUUUCUGAGGGCACCAUAAAAGGACUACAAACGCACACCAAAUGUUCCAUUGUGUUGUUUUUUGUUGUUGUUUUGGUUUGUUUGAUUUUUGUCGAUUGAGAGACUCACAAAAAGCUUUUCAAGCUUGCUGACGACUUUAUCAGUUAAAACUGUAAUAACAAUUAAAGUAUUUUUGUACAGGU